AUGGGCUCAGAGCUGCAUUACGGUCUCCAGCGUGGCGCCCUCUGCGCCGUGGACACGAUCCAGCGCGCUGUCUUUCGGGAAAGAACGGGCAGUUGUUUACGCACGCCGUGGAUGAGGCAAAUCGUCUGGAGAUCAACUCAAGUUUCGUGUGUGCAUCCCCUUCUUCACUUGCUCUUGCCAGUCGACAAGACUAACGACUUGGCUAACCGCUCGACUGCGUUCGUCGCAAGUAUGGCCAAGUAG